AUGGAACUCAUAGAUAGUCAUUUUGUCAAGACGGUGGGUCCUGACACGUACACAACUGUAUUACAGGAUGCUACAGUAGAUGAACUGAUAAAUAAGAUCAGUAAGAUGAACAAGAUCCCUCCUAAGACCCAGCGCAUCCUGUACGCAAGCAAGCAGCUGCAAUAUGGCCAGGGAAAAUAUCUAUCUGACUACCACCUGCAAAAUGAGUCUAAUCUUUUUGUAGUCUUGCGUUUGCCUGGAGGCGGCAACACCAACAGUGGUAUGUCAGGCAUCGCCUCUAGAUACCCCGACAUAGGAAACACCAACACCGGGGCAAACAACAUUGGAGGUAACAACACCAGAGGCAACACUGAAGAUAGCAACACCGGAGACGAUGACACUCAUGAUCUUCCCUGCAUGUCCGGAGACGAUGACACUGAAGAUAGCAACACCGAAGACAAUGACACUGAUCUUUUUGGGGCGCCCGGAGACGAUGACACUGAUCUUUUUGGGGUGCCCGGAGACGAUGACACUGAUCUUUUUGGGGCGCCCGGAGACGAUGACACUGAUGAUAACAACCACGGAGACGAUGACACUGAAAGCGCGGGGAUUGUAUCAUCAUCAGUGUCUAAAAGCGAUGACACUGAUGAUAACAACAGCACAGAUAGCAACACUGGUGGCAACAACACCUUGUCCUCACCACCUCCGCAGAAUCGAAAACAGCUGGAUGAAGACGUGGAGACAACGGACGCUCCUGACAUGAUCAGCUGGGAGGACGACCCCAACACUCCCCGCGCCAAGAUGUCCUGUGGACACGCCAUCACGCCAGAGACUCUCACCACAUACUGCAAAAGUCUGCUGAGGUAA